UCGGUCACUGACGUUUUCCAUAAUGGCGGUACCCUUGUUACAAUGGGGACCGUAGCUGAUCACUUGUUAGCCAAUUUAUUGUGAAUAACUGCGGAUUACUCCAACAGCUUUGUGUUUUGAGUUAUUUACUCCGACGGCUACAUGUUAAAGUCCAGUGCAGCUGGUCCAUCCAAUGUUGCCUCUCCUCAACCCCUCAUGAAGGAAAACAAGGAGCACUUUUCAAUGACCGGCCAAGCAAUUCUGGACCACAUCAAGCCAUGCUGGUACUGGGACAAGAAGGAUUUAGCCCACACCCCCUCUCAGUCUGAAGGCCUGGACCCUGGCACAGAGGCCCGGUAUCGGAGAGAAGGAGCCCGCUUCAUAUUUGAUGUUGGGACCAGACUUGGCCUACACUAUGACACACUGGCAACUGGCAUCAUAUAUUUCCACCGCUUCUACAUGUUUCACUCCUUCAAGCAGUUCCCCAGAUAUGUGACAGGUGCUUGCUGUCUUUUCCUGGCGGGGAAAGUGGAGGAAACUCCAAAGAAGUGUAAAGACAUCAUCAAAACAGCCCGCAGCUUACUGAAUGAUGUGCAAUUUGCCCAGUUUGGAGAUGAUCCAAAGGAAGAGGUGAUGGUGUUGGAGAGGAUUUUGCUCCAGACUAUCAAAUUUGACCUGCAGGUGGAGCAUCCUUACAUGUUCCUGCUGCGCUAUGUCAAGCAACUCAAAGGUGAGAAGAAUAAAGUGUGCAAGGUGCUACAGAUGGCAUGGACAUUUGUCAAUGACAGCCUGUGCACCAUGCUGUCUCUUCAGUGGGAACCAGAGAUUAUUGCGGUAGCCGUCAUGUACCUGGCCGGCCGCCUCUGUAAGUUUGACAUCCAGGAGUGGACCGCCAAGCAGUCGUCCCGCCGCUGGUGGGAGCAGUUUGUCCAGGACGUCCCAGUUGAGCUGCUUGAAGACAUUUGCCACCAGAUCCUGGACCUGUACUCCCAGGGAAACAAGCCCAUCCCUCAGCAGAUGCAGGAGAAGGAGCGGGUACCUGUUCUUCAGGCCCCUGCUCCUCCAGCCCCACAGGGACAACCACCAGCUGCCAACCCUCCUCCCCCACCACCAAAGAAGACUUCCCCUCAGGGUGGCAGCCCUGCACGCCAGCUAAAACGUUCACAUACAUCCCCAAAAGAUGAACCAAAGGCUCCAGAACAAGUUGGAUCAAAGAUUCCUAGACUGGAGAGCCCCAUGCCCCCUCUGCCUACAUCGCAGCCUCCCCCAGAACGUAAAGCCCCUGCUCCAGCCCCUCCCACAGAAGCAGAACCAGGAAGUGAAACAGCUCCUCCUCUCCCGCACGCUCCACCUCCACAUCAGCCCCCUCCCCUACCGCAUCGGCCGCCUCCACCUCCGCCCUCCAACUACAUCAUGUCCACCACCAGCUCCUACAUGUCCGGAGAAGGGUACCAGAGCCUGCAGUCGAUGAUGAAGACAGAAGGUCCCUCCUACGCCCCCAUGCCGCCCAGCUACGCACCCCCAAUACCACCAUAUCACCCCCACGCCUAUCCACCGCCUGCAGCACCACCUCCAGGCCCUCCUCCUUCCAACUACCCGCCACCCAACUUGCCGCCAACAUAUCCGCCACCGGGAUACAACAGCUACCCUCCACCACCGCCUCCACGCAUGCCGCCAGGCCACGUACCCCCUCCGGGUAUAGGUCUCCCGCCUGCUGGAUACCCUCCUCCACCCCCCGUGCCCCCAGGACAGUCUCCGGUGCCCCUGCCCCCUCCGCCUGGCAUGCCCCUGAACCGUGGUGGGUGGAUGAGAUGAGAAUGUGACAACAGUUUCUGAACUGAAUCUGUGCAGAACUGGACAAGGAGAAUAACCAGGAACCUGUGUUAUUCUGGUACAAACAGAUGGAGAGCUUGUUCACCUCCAGUAUGACUAAUGUUCAAGAGGUUCUUAAUAAAGGCAACAAAUUUUGAGGUCUGGACAGUAUUUUUAUGAGAACCUGAACUGGCACUGAAAGACUGCAGCGAUCCUGAAAUAAAUUGCCUAAACAUGUACAGGAUGGUUCUUAAUGUGCGUAGUUCCAGGAUCUUGUAACAAACACUGUCCACUUGUUGCUAUUGUUCUGGAAAUGGACCAGAAAAUAUUAGCACCCUGAUUUUUUUUUUUUGUUGGUUUUGUCACACAUUCUCAUUCACUAGUUUUAGGGUGGUUUUACUUUACCUUGAAGUAACUCAACCAUAUUUCCUUCUAUAUUCUAUUAACCCGAUUGUGUUUUUGGUUUUCAUGAAUAUUACGGUGUCCUGUCCCCUGCAAUCCAUUUUCCUUUUUUUCCACAUUCCCACUUUUUUGAUGAGAAAAACGGAGCGUAAUGAAAUCUUGAGAUGGUUGAACAUGCAGUAGUCAAAUAUAAAAAGCACUGUCACACUAAAUGAGAUGUUCGUUAACAUACAGUUUACUCAAACUUUAUGUCUAUCCUUUUUGUCACAUUACUUUCCAUUCAGUGAAAACACUGCGGCCAUGUUACAAGAUGUUUCCGCUACCAUAAGACCAUGUCAGUUUUUGUAAUUUCAUCGCAUCGUUAUUUCUUGUAACAUUACUUUUAGUGAAUCUGCCCUGCAGAUAGUAUUACAUGAACUACAGUACAUAAACCCCAUUAUCAAACCAACCAUGGGCAGUUUAAGGUAUAUUUGUACAUAUCUGACCUUCUCAUUUAGGCUUUUUUUCAGAGUUUUUGUCCACAUGUGCCUUAGUCAGGCUUCUUUUUCCUGUAUGCUGCACGCAGCUUUGGUUUUGUGUCUGAGAGGUUCUUGGGACAAUAAAGACCUGCUUUUCCUACUUUAAA